GAGACGAGCAUCUGCGCAACGAGCACGGCGCACCUGAGCUUAAUGUAACAUUUAUAGUCCACUAUUUAUAAAGACAAAUUUAAUAUUUUAGACUACAAGAGAAAUGAAAAUUACAUGAAUUAAAAGCCAAUUUUAACUGGAAAAGGAGAAUAAAAUAACCACUUACCCUAUUUCUUAUUUUAAUUCAGUGGCACUUGGGCCUAUUUGUUCUAGCCUUUACAUUGAAAUAUGGUGCUGAUAUUGUCGCAAACCGUUGCCUAGAGCGCGAAUGAGUCGAAUCAUUCCCCGCCCAAAUGAUGCUUGAUUUGGGAAGUAUUUGAGUCUAGACGGUGCUGUAGCGCAACUGACAGCCAGUAGUGGCCAGCAGCAAACAGCAGCAGCUACAGCGGUGGAUGUAGGAUCAGAGUCGGGGCGAAUCGGGGAUUCACUGUCAGAGGGGAAGGAGAGCAGAGGACUUUUUCAACGUUCACUGAAUCAUGGCUACUGAAACCGUGUCUCCCGCAUGCACUGGAUCCAGUUUGCUGCAACCCAUAAGCGAAAUCAUCAAUCUUCCUCUCGACCAGGUCAACUUUGUGGUGUGCCAGUUGUUUGCCCUGUUGACAGCCUUCUGGUUCCGUCUCUAUCUCCACCCCAGUAUGACCAGUCCCUUCGUCAGACAUGUGGUGGCCACGCUACUGGGAUUCUACUUUGCUCUCUUCUGCUUCGGCUGGUAUGCUCUCCACUUCUUGGUUCAGAGUGGGCUCACCUAUGGCAUCAUGAUCCUCACUGGAGUAGAACACAUGCACAAGUACUGUCUGGUGGUGGCCCUGGGCUAUCUCAGCUUCUGUCAGAUCACACGCGUGUACGUCUUCGACUAUGGCAUGUACUCUGCUGACUUCACAGGGCCUAUGAUGGUGAUAACACAGAAGAUUACCAGUUUGGCGUUUGAAAUCCACGAUGGAAUGUGCCGGAAAGAGGAGCAGUUGACGCCAAAUCAGAAGGUCCUGGCUAUAAGGAGAAUGCCCAGUCUGCUGGAGUACUUCAGCUAUAACUGUAACUUCAUGGGCAUACUGGCCGGCCCCACCUCCUCCUACAACGAUUACAUCGCCUUCAUCGAGGGCACGCCCUGCCAUCGCAAUAAAGACCACCAGACCAAUGGGAAGACCAACGGCAGGCACAAACAGACUGACCCCUCCCCAAACAUUGAAGUCGUCCGUAAACUGGCCACCUGUUUCCUCUCCCUCAUGGUUUUCCUCUCGGUCUGUAAAGUGUUCCCUGUGGAACGGAACAUCGACGACGACUUCAUCGCCAACACGCCCUUCUAUGCCCAGGUGGUCUACCUCUACCUGUCCAUGCUGACCACCCGGCCCAAGUACUACUUCGUCUGGACGCUGGCUGAUGCCAUCAACAAUGCAGCAGGAUUUGGAUUCAAUGGAUACAACAGUGACGGCUCACCACGUUGGGAUCUCAUCUCAAAUCUGAGGAUAAUGGAUAUUGAGUUUGCCACCAGCUUCAAGAUGUUCCUUGACAAUUGGAAUAUACAGACGGCACAUUGGCUCAAAAGGGUGUGUUACGAGCGCUGUCCCUACAACCCCACGGCGGCUACCUUCAUCCUGUCGGCCAUGUGGCAUGGAGCCUACCCUGGAUACUACCUCACCUUCCUCACUGGCAUCGUGGUCACACUGGGUGCACGUGCCAUGAGACACAACGUGAGACCAUACUUCCUAGGCUCUCCUUCACACAAGCUAGUAUAUGAUGUGAUCACGUGGGCGGGCACCCAGAUUGCCAUUUGUUACACUGUGGUGCCUUUUGUGCUGCUGUCUGUCGGGCCCUCUAUGAAGUUCUACAGGUCCUGGUACUUCAGUGUCCACGUCUGCUGUGUCCUCCUGGCUGUAGCCCUGCCAGUCAAACCCCGACACCUGCGCCUGAAGGAGGCUCCCGUCCUCUCCCACCUGGACUCCACCUCCACAGAUGGCAACUGCAACCAGAAGACCAAAGCCACAUGAAGCAGAACCAGAGACCAGCAUCGGUGCACACACACAGAGACUAGCACCGAGGACUGCAGGGACUGUCCAACACAUUAUUAGAGAGAGAUAGAGAGAGACUCUGUCCAAGCUGUGUUUUGGAAUGGGAUGACGAUUCUCAUUAGUUCACGUGAGACUGAGCAGCAGCCACACCAUGGAGAAGGGAUGGAUGGUCUGAAAGCUUUGGGAUUUACCUAUUUAGUGCACUACUUUUGACCAGGGCCCUAUGAAGUAGUGCACUAGAAAGGGAAUAGGGUGCCAAUAAAAUUUGAUUUGGAAAUGCAGCCCCUACUGUAUUAUGAUGACUAGUGGCUGGGGCGCUGUGGGAUGGAGGGGUCCGAAUCGAUGAUGAAAUGCCAGUAUUGUACUGUUACUGUAUUAUGGGAGUAUGCAAACUUGCCUUAUAACCUUUGUCUCUUUCUCCACUCAGUUUUUUUUUUUAGCUUUUGUGUAUUCUCCUCACUUUGGAUAUUAUUGUGUGUGCUGUGUUUCUCACUCAAGGUGAACAGGUUUUAGGAUCAGGUGGGAGAGAGUGGAGUGGUCUCAGUUAACGGUGACAAAUUACCUGGAGUGUUUUAGUCCUGGUAAAAAACAAAGAUACAGGAAAUUAGGAGACAAGAAUUAAAAGAGAAGGAAAACAAGAUAGCAGUGUCCUCAAGAGGUAUUUUCACAAAAUAUGUGGGGUGUCCAACCACUCUGACCAGAAGUGGGUAAAAGAAACACACUUUGGUGAGAAAAUUUCACUUCCUUAUGUUAUAAAAUACAUUUUACCAAGACAAAUAUGAUUAUUCAUGUUCUGAAUUGUUCAGUGGGGACUUUCGCUUACAUAUCAUUAACAUUAUAUCCAAAAAGGCAGAUUUCGUAACCUAAUACAUCCGAUAAUAAGCACCGAACUCUGUUGACAUAGCGGUGCAGAUUUCGCAUAACAACUUUUGAGGAUUUUACAUUUUGUGGUCCUCGUCUUCAAAGUUGUUUCCACGGGUAGUAAAAAGCCAAAUUUGCAUGACACAAGCUGAAUUAAAUGUAAAAGGCUUUGAAAAUAAAAAGCUUGGUAUACGCUCAGUGCUCCGUUGACAUUUCACAGAGAUAUGCUUGUUUUUGUAAGAAAUCUUCGAAAAAGGACAGGAAUUUUGCAUUAAUAUGAAAGGUGUAUACUCAAAUAUAAUAUGUCAUCUCUCAAAAUUGAUAUCUAUCUUAUUUCUAUAUUGUUUUUUGUCAUCCGGAUUCGAGAAGAAAGAUGAUGAGUUCAACGAUUAUCCUGUCAGUUAGCCUUAAUUCUCACACAGCAUCCAGCAUGCCUGACGCAAUGCUAUUUUUCUGUAUUUUGAUAAAAACAUUUCUCUGGCCUCCAUUGAUUUAGUCACCCUAAUUUUGGCCAUCCUACAAUAACUUUUGAAUGGAUUAUGAUAGAGGCAUGAGGUUUGGAGCAUUGGUUUUCUUAGAGGAGUAUUUACACAUUUCAUAUUAUACUGAACAGAACUAUAAACGCAACAUGCAACAAUU